CACACAUGGAAACGGUUGAUCCGGCAGAGCUCGACCUGUUCUGUCGCGAGUGCGACAUGCGCUUCGACUCGGCGGCCAAGCUCGCCACCCACAAGCGCAAGUUCUGCGUCGACUCGGUCUACGGUGAUCCACAGGCGCUGCAGGCCAAGCUGCGGGCCGGGGAGAAGCUCGGACCAGGCGUCUUUGACUUUGAGGCUGUCAAGGCGCAUCUCGCGCGCGACGGCAAACGCGACCCGCUCAUUGCCAAGUCGGCGGUCGGCGACGUCCGCGCCACUCUCCGCUCGUCGGCCACCGACGUCGACAAGAUGCACGCCCACCUCAUUUCGCAGCGCCAGAAGGAGCACGUCGAGGAGCUUCGCAAGCUCAAAGUCGAGCAGGCACGAAUCCGCUCCGAGCGCCAGUCCGAGGAGACCAAGUUGCUCAACAAGCUCAAGGAGCUGGAAGAGCUCAAGGUCACCGAGCUCCGCGAUCGCAUGGACCGCGAGCGCGCCCGCCGCGAGUUGGAGAACAUCGACCGCUCGCGGCUGACUCAAAUUGAGCGUGAAAAGGAGGAUGAGCUGCGUCGGCUCGAGCGCGAGCGUGCCGAGCUCGAUCGGCGCGAAGCCGCCAUCCAAGACGAGAUGGAAGCACUGCAGUCGCGCAUCGCCUCGGCCGCCGACCGCCACACCGCGAAUCGAGCGCAGAUGGACGAGAUCCUGCAGUCGCCGGUCCGCAAAUCGGCCAAGGCCACCGGCGGUGAGCUUGCUUCGCCGCGCGACAAGCUCGCUGCCGUUCGUCAGGAGCGCGCCGAGCAGCGCGGCGCAAAGUCUGCACUCGCCCAGUCGCGCCACCAAAAGCUGCUCGAGGAAAAGCAGCGCUUGCUAGCCCGCCUCGCUGAGCUCGAGGCGGCCGAUCCCGAGGCCGAUGGCCCGCCGCUCGACGCCCUCGUCGACGACCUCGCCAAGCGCCAGGCGAACGAGGCCCAGCGCCUCCGCCAGCUCCGCGCCACACAAGCCCGCCAGCUCGAGAAGGAGCGAGCGGCCACGCUCGACCUCGAUCAGUUUGAGGUUGAGAUGGCCGACAAUACCCGCGGCGGACUCGAUGCCGGCAUCUCCGAAGACGUCUACGCCACCGAGUUGACUUCGGCCCACCGCCAAGCUGACGAUGCGCUCAAAGAGAUCCUUGCUGCCGAAAAGGCCAAGGCUCGCUCGCUCGAGCAGCAAGUCCACGCCAAAGAGGAGGCCCGCCUCCAGGCCAUUCGCGAAAUGGAAGCUCGCGAGCGCCGGACAAAGGAGGAGCUCGAGCGCAAGCACCAGCGCGAGCUCGAGCGCUUGCGAGAGGAACCGCCGCCGGCGCGCUGGCUGCUGCAUCCGAGGCCAUGGCUCCACUCGGGCUCUGCCCGCCUGUCUCCGCCUGCUGCAGCACCUUCGCGGCUGCCGGACGCAAGUCCGACCUCGCCACAGCUUGCAGAACUUCUGGCCGAAAUCGAGAGUCUCAAGCGCUCGUACACGGCCUCGGGUGGCGCUCGUAGCGACUUGCUGGAGAUCAUCGAGGCUCUCGAGCGCGAAGCCCGCGGAAUGGCAAGCGCCGCAGCAACGCCAGCGGCGGCGACAGCCCCGCUCCCCGCCGCCCCAGUCCAACUGCCGCCGGUUAUGCCGGCAGCGCCGGGCUCAGCGGCGGCGUUCUUUGGCAUGCCCGCACCCGCGCCGGUCUACACCCCGGGCCUCGGACCGAUGUACCCGGGCAUGAUGGCGCUGGCGGAUCCGAUGCAAGACCUGCUCUACCGCAACGAGAUGGAGAACAUGCGACUGGCCGAGGAGAUGGAGGCGUUUCUCAACGAGAAUGACGGCGGCAGCUCUGGCUGGCGCGACGAGUUUUCCAGCAAAAUGGACCGCAUCUCGCGCCGGCUGGAGGCUGCUGCCGGCGGCGGCUCGGGCGGCGGCGGCAGCCGGUCGUCAGCUUCGGUUCUCGAGCUCCUGCGCGAGAUGGAGGCGCUCGAGGCCGGCCGAGCGGGCUCCGGUGACGACGAACUUCGUGCGCUCAAGCGAGAGCACCUGAAGGACAUGAUGAUGCUCGAGUUUGAGAAGGAGAAGACCCGCAACGUCAUUGAGCUCAAUAAGCUGCGUAUGGAGGGCGAGGCUGCGCUAUUUCCGGACUCGGGCAUGUACGCGCCGGACCCGACGCGAGUGAGGAUGGACAUGCACGCGGCCGCCGGUGGUGCAGGCCCGGCCGACAUGGGAUCGGCCGCCUACGACCCCGAGGAUGGUUUUGCGCUCUACUGGGACUUUGUCGACGGCCUGCCAGCCGAUGCACACCUUGUCCAUCUUGCUUUUGCCCUCUUUGACGGGCCCGACGCGAGGACGCCGAUCAAGUCGGUGCCCGCCGUCGAGUCGGUGCUGGAUCCGCUCGCUGCCGAGCCGGGCGCCCGCAUUGCGGUCAUCGACUCGAAGCGCCGCUUCCACCGGGUGCCUAUUCUACCGGACCUUCGCAUUAUGGUCGAGGUUCAGCGGGUCGAGGACGACGGCCAUCCCGAGGCUGGCAUCGAGCCGACCGUCUCUUCGAUUGGCUGGGCGGUAGUGCCUGUCUUUAUGGAGUCGCCGUACGACACGCACGGUCACAUCCUCAACUCAGGCUAUCUGCGUGUGCCGCUGCUUGCGCCGCCGGUCCACGUCGGCACGUCGUUUGGCGAACUCGCCUCGCUGCCCUCGGUUGCGCAUGCCGCGCUCUACAUCCGGCUCUUUGCCCCCGAGUUCAUCGAGAACCAGAACGCGCUCGAGCUCGACGCGUCGAACAUGCGCUCCAACUACACAUCGAUGGCGUGGUCGGUCGGCCCGGCCAUGACCGCCGCCGAGUAUGCACGCGCACAGGCCGAAGCCUCUGGCUCACCCAACUGGGGCGCGCCGCUGGCCCAUACCAGCGGCAGCGGUAUCGUGGUCGAUUCGGCCAUGUCGUCCCGACCGGGUGCCGCCGACCAGCCACCGCUACCGGCCGGCGCUCAACCAACGAACGCUCCCGGCACGGCCUCGGCCUCGAGGCGACAGACAUCGGGCGCUGCGUCGCGGCCAGCGUCGGGUGCCAAGCCGCCGCGCAAGUACUUGCCUUUCGGCCUCCGUCUCGUCUCGGCAACAGGCCUUUCGCUGGCGAGUGGUACGCUCCUCGCGGCUGAGGCCUCGAUAUCGCGACUUGACGAGCUGGGCAGUGUUUCACGGGCUGGCCCGCCAUCGGCGGCGACGACCGCGUCGCGCAAAACUGCAUCCUCGCAGGUUUGGCGCCUCAAGCCGAGCGAGACCUCUGGUGGGAGUCUCGCAUGGGGCGCGCGGCACGAGUUUCUGCCGCUCCGCGCCUCCGAGUCGAAGCUCCUUGUUGUGCGGAUUAUCAAGCGCGACUCGGGCGUCGAGCAGAACGUGGCGUGGGCGUACACGCCACUCUUCCAGUACAACGCCAACGACGAGCUGGUUGUAGCCGAGGGCUCGCUCACGCUUGCGCUCUUUGAACCGCCGAUGGUGGUCCCGCCCGAGCCCGGCGCUGAGCUGGGACCACUCGGCAAGCUCUAUCUCGAGGUGUACAACCCCGAGUCGGCCGACGCGGCGCUGAUGGGUGAGGACGUGGCAGGCGUGGCACGUAAGGCCUGGAUGCGGCCGGGCGACGGCUUUGACGUGUACAUUGAUGGUGCGAGGUAUCUUCCUGACAACGUGACCGUGACCCGGGCGGUGGGGCGGGUCUUCACGUCGUCGUACGACCAGCCGUGUCCCAACCUCACUGCCGCCUCGCACAUCGAGCUUGACGCAUCGGUGUACUCGCCAAAGUACUCGGCGCACGCCGCGUUCCGUGCUGCCGUCUUUGACCCGACGUCGACGUUGCUGGUCAAGGUAACCACCGUCGACCGGACAAACGGGAAUGUGGCUACCGUCGGGUACGCAGCGCUCAACUUGUUCCUAGUUGUCGACGCGGCGACACGCUUUGAUCAGCCGUUGCACUCCGAGUCCGAGUUUGUGCUCAAUGACGGUGCUUUCCAGCUCCCGCUGCACAUGGGUGGGCCAAACACUGACCUCGCGCUCUCCGGCAAGUCGCUGGCGUCGCACAAGCGCGUCCCGUGCGCCACCAUUCUUGUCCGCGUCACCAAGGCGCCACGCGGCUCGGACGGCAAGCUUCUCUCACGGGCCGAGCUCCCCGCGGACGAAUGGGAGGCGGCUGGGCUUGCCGUCCCAGCGCCGGCGUACGAGAGCGGAGCUUACGACUCGACCGGAGCAGUGCCCGAGGGAUCGGAGACUAAGCUGUACAAGGCCAAGGUGGAGAGCGACGCGACGGCGGCUACGACCAUCCGCGAAAUUCUUGUCCCGCUUGGCUACAUGGGCUCACUCUCCAAUGACGACGAAAUCCAGGUCUGGCUCGCCGAGCGGCUCAAGCCGGAGCCCAACGCGCCCGAGGUCCUCCUGGACUACGCCUUUCUUGCCCGCUACGUGCCCGAGCUCGGGUUCCGGGUUGCUGUUGAUGGCGCACUCAACCUGCCCAAGAUCCUUACCAAACGUGGCUCUGGCUGGUCUGCGGCGCUCUUCUCGCUCUCGCCGCCGGCAUCACUCUACCAUCCGACUACACCGCUUACGUCCGGCGCCGAGUUUACCACCCAGCGCGACUUUACCUCGACCAUCCGCUGUCCGCGGUGGAGCGACGGAUACAAGAACUUCCGCAAUGUCGAGUACAACCCGUACCUAGUCGUUGUCAUUGAGGUCUUUGGCGUCGGACUCAAGAAGAAAAAGCGCGGUGAGCUUGUUCCGUGCGGCUGGUCCAUCCUCCCGGUCUUUACCGCUCGCGACCAGUACGUCCAGUCGGGCGCGUAUCGCAUCCCAAUGUUCCAGGGCCGGCCCUCUGCGGGCAUUCUUGAGCGAGUCUUCCGCCAGCCGGCCUAUGACGUGCUCCAGGACGCCAUGGCCGCCAAAGAGGUAGUCCCAGUCAAGGGCGCGUCACUCCUUGUCCGCGUCGUUGACGAUCAGCGCGACGACGAGUAUCGCGAGCCGCGUAACCACGUGUUCGAGCCGUUCCUCUCGGCCGUCGGCAAGCCUCAAAAGUACGUAUCGCAGGUCAAGUCCAAGCCGCUCCGCACGCUCGUCCCCAAGGGCUCCACGCCGCUCGAGUGGGAGUCGGAAGCCAACCAGGUCUUUGCCGACGCCAUGGGAUUGACCCACUAUCGCUUUUAG